AUGCCGACCAGGCGGGCAAAGCACGCAGACGUCGACGCGCAGGUCGCGGCUCUCGCGGAGCUCAUGCGCGGCUCUCGGCACAUCCUCUUCUGCACGGGCGCCGGCAUCUCCACCAACGAUCCCGCCGGCCUGCGCGACUACCGAGGGCCAGACGGCAUCUGGACCGAGGCGCAGGCGUCAGGGCUGGUCGUCGGCGAGCCAGGAGAGAAGGGCAUGCCGGUCGACAGCCCGUGGGACGAAACAAUGUUCCGCCGCAUGCCCGCGGCCCGGCCGACGUUUGCGCACCGUGCAAUCGCCCAGCUUUCCGGUGGCGAGGACCCGCUCGUGAAGCACGUCAUCACGCAGAACGAGGACGGCCUGCACCGCCGGUCGGGGGUGCCGGAGGUGCGGCUCAGCGAGCUGCACGGGUCCGCGUUUGUGGAGGUGUGCGGCAACUACGCGUCUGGCGACAGCGACGAGAGCAGCUCGAGCGAGGACGAGUCGACGUCGUCGGACGCCGAGCGUGCAGCGCUGGACGCAGCAGCGGACGCCGCCGCGCGCGAGCGUCGGCCAGCCGGCUGCGGCGCUCUGACGCGUCCCUACAAGCUAGCGGUGUGGACAGGCUUCCCGUGGGGCGACAACCGCGUGCACAAGCUGAGGGCGGCGAAAGAACACAUGCAGCUGGCCGACCUCGUCGUGGCGUGGGGGACGUCGAUGUCGAUCCUCGCAAACUACUUUGACCCGUGGCACCGAGAGUCAAGGGCGCUCGACGAGGAUCUCGCGGAGCUCAAGAUCGAGGCGGACGUCGAUGAGGUGGCGGCCAAGCUGCUGCGCGAGCUCGGCCUGCCGCCGCCGCCGCCGUACGACCCGCAGGCGGACCCGCUCCUCGCCGCGGCGGUCCCGCCCGCUGCCGGAGAGCCGCGGCCGCCGUGGACGAUUGCAGCCGCGCUGAUGGAGCGGGAGGCAUGUGGUAGCGCCCCUCCCGACGGCUGA